GGAUAUAGUGAAUGCAGGGUCCUGGGAGAGCGGAUAUAGUGAAUGCAGGGUCCGUGGAGACCGGAUAUAGUGAAUGCAGGGUCUGGGGAGAGCGGAUAUAGUGAAUGCGGGGUCCGGGGAGAGCGGAUAUAGUGAAUGCAGGGUCCCGGGAGACCAGAUAUAGUGAAUGCGGGGUCCGGGAGAGCGGAUAUAGUGAAUGCAGGGUCCGUGGAGACCAGAUAUAGUGAAUGCAGGGGUCCUGAGGAGAGCGGAUAUAGUGAAUGCAGGGUCCGGGAGAGCGGAUAUAGUGAAUGCAGGGUCCGGGGAGAGCAGAUAUAGUGAAUGCAGGGUCCGGGGAGACCGGAUAUAGUGAAUGCAGGGUCCGGGGAGACCGGAUAUAGUGAAUGCAGGGUCCGGGGA